AUGGGCACUGGCAAUAAGAGACAGGCUGAGAGCCCUCCCUGUUCUGAAGAUGCGUGCAGCAGCCAAGGCUCCAUCGAGAAUGGCGACUGUUCCUCGGCGAGUUCGCGUCGGUGUCUCAGCGAGGCGGAGAAGGUGCGUCUGUUGGACCAGGCGGUGAAGGACAUUUCCGAGGCAGAUUUUGUUGCCAUCGAUUUGGAGUUCACAGGUCUCUUCCCGCAGUCGUCGUCCGUGAAACGUCCGCUCUGUCUCGCCUCCUACUUUGAGCGCUGCGUCCAAGGCGCCGAGUACUUUCUCGCCCCUCAGCUGGGCAUCUGCGCAGCUCGUCGCUGUCCCCCCGCCUCUGCUGGCCCGCCGCCAGGUCUGUCCUCGUCUUCAGCCGUCAGGCCUCCGUCUCCACAGGCCGCCGACUCCUCGCGAGACGAAGGGACUGAAGAGGCGCACGACUGCCUCGGGAGCGGCCGCGCGACAGAGCGCGACGGGGCGCCUUCCAGUGACGAGGCGAGCGGAUCAAAGUGGGAGUUGGCCCCGUACACAUUCUACGCAUUUCCCCAGCAGCGGAAGCAAGGGGGGGUCGAUACGGCGACUCUCAAGUGGCUUCUCCAGAACGGCUUGGACUUCAACGAGUGGAUUCGCUCAGGCUUCGACUACACUCGCCUCGCAGAUCUGCAACAACACACGCGAGAGCAGGUGGGGAGUGCACGCCACACGCGUCACAGCCACAGCGCGGCUGUGAACUGCGGCCACACCGGCUCCGGCAACGGGGACUUCUCCGGGGAGCCGAAAGGAUCUGCGAAUGGAGACGGGGACGCUCCGCCUGGAGGCGCUGGGCGUAGCCGGCACGGCGAACCCACAGGCGAUGCAGACGCAGCUGUCUCGACGCUGCCUCGGCGGGAGAGUUCCCGCACAGAGCAAAACGCGGUUCGCGUCUGUGCCCGGGCACCGGGCGGACUGGAAGUGUCGGGUCUGCAGCGCCUGAUCGAGGCCAUCGUGGAGAAGGAGAAACCUCUUGUCGUCCACAAUGGCCAUCUCGACCUGUUGCAUGCGUUUGACAAAUUCAUCGGAAAGGUUCCCGACACACUUGCCGAGUUUCGCAGCGAAAUGCUACGGCUUUUCACCGGAGGCAUUUAUGAUACCAAGCACAUGGCCAACGAGGGCAAGACGUUCGUUCUGAAGAUCGGGGAUCCGAGGACCACCUCGCUAGUCUCGCUCCGCCAUCACCUGCUCCGCAGCGAAAGCGUGUGCCUCUUUGAGAUCGCGCCCCAUCGACGCAGCGACUUUGAUUUGUCUUUCCAGCAACUCAACUGCGACAGCGGGCCGGAGUGUGGACGAUCGCACGAGGCGGGUUACGACGCUCUACUGACCGCUCAGAUAUUCGUGAUGGAGCUCGAUCUGUACGCACAGCACCACUCUGUCUCGGAGAGUUUGGCCGCCGAAGUCGGGGGUUCCGACCACCCCGACGAUGAUCUUUGGACGAUGGAAGAAUUAAGAGCGGCAAAGAAACGCCGACGAAGACGGAGAAAUAAGCCGAAGCGGCAGUCCGUCCCCGUAGACUGGAACACACACCGCUGGUACGCACCCUUUCGGAAUCGCGUCGGCGUCGCCGGCGUGCGACCGGGGUACAUUGACCUGGCCGAGGCAUGGGAAGACGAGAAGCCCGCUCCCACGAUGGCGGAAACGUGA